UUAUUGCUUCUUCGCUCAUCAUGUCUGGUAGAGGCAAGGGCGGGAAGGGGCUCGGCAAGGGAGGCGCUAAGCGCCACCGUAAGGUGCUGCGGGACAACAUCCAGGGCAUCACCAAGCCAGCCAUCCGUCGCCUUGCUCGGCGUGGCGGUGUGAAGCGCAUCUCGGGGCUGAUCUACGAAGAGACGCGCGGGGUGCUGAAGGUGUUCUUGGAGAACGUGAUCCGCGAUGCUGUGACGUACACCGAGCAUGCCAAGAGGAAGACGGUGACAGCUAUGGACGUAGUGUACGCCCUGAAGCGGCAGGGACGCACCCUCUACGGCUUCGGCGGCUAAAAGCUUUCCGUGCUGCAGACAAAUUUCGAAAACCCAAAGGCUCUUUUAAGAGCCACCCACUUGUUCUUAUAAAAGAGCUGUGUCCUUUAUGCGAGGUAUUACUCUGUGUUGUU